AUGUUAGGUAUUUUCAUGUACAUAUUUGAGUUAAAAAAAGAGUUACUAGUUGGUUUUUCGUUAUCAAUAUUGUAUAUAACCUAUUAUCUAGUGGAAGUGGUCAAGAAGCCUAUACUGAUAUGUCAAGAAGGAGAUUUUCGUCAGUUCCUAGAAGAGAAUGUGCCACUACUCAGUGAGCACUAUUGGCCAACACCAUGGUGUGUUGAGUCACGACUGCAGACCGUUCUUGGGUCUUUAUUGCGGUCUCGUCUCUUGCCGCCUGUAAAAUAUCACCGAGAGGUGCUGCAGUUGUCUGAUGGUGGGCAAGUCGCACUGGACUGGGUACGGCACGAGGCGGGGCCCGCGCGCGCUGUCCUAUUAGUGCUGCCGGGGCUCACGGGCAGCGCCGACGCAGACUACGUGCGCUGCUUGGCCGCCGCCGCAUCUGCUCUGCGGGCACACUGCGUUGUCUUCAACAACCGCGGCCUGGGCGGCCUACCGCUGACUACGCCACGCCUGUACUGUGCCGUCAGCCACUCCGACCUGGCCGAAGUGGUGCGUGCCGUGCGCUCUGCUGCCGGAGACGUUCCGCUGCUGGCGGCGGGCGUGUCGCUGGGCGGCCUCAUCCUGGGCCACUACCUGGCCGAGCACGGCGAACGGGCCGGCGUGCACGCGGCACUGGCGGUGUCGUCCCCGCUGGACGUGGAGAAGGGCUCGGAGUCCAUGGAGCGCGCCCCGCUGAACGCGUUGCUAUCAUACCAUAUGGCGCGCAACCUGCGUCGCACGUUACACGCGCACGAGCGCCUGCGCGCCGCGCCCUGUGACUGGAGCGGAGUGGAUCGCGCGCGCUCCGUGAGGGAGUUCGAUGCGGCCUUCACGACAAAACACUUCGGUUUCGGGUCAGUGGACGCGUACUAUCGCGCCGCCACCCUGCGCGACAAGCUGGCGGCGGUGCGCGUGCCGUUACUGUGCCUGUGCGCAGCGGACGACCCGUUCCAGCCGCUGGGCGCCAUCCCCGUGGCCGAGGCGGAGGCAGCGCGCAGCGUGGCGCUACUAGUGACGGCGCGUGGCGGGCACAUAGGGUUCCUGGAGGGCUGGUGGCCGGCACGGGGUGCCCGCGACCAGUAUAUCGCGCGGCUGGCGGCGCAGUACUUCGCGGGUCUGCUGCGGCAUCGCGAGCUGCUGCAUGCCGCUCCCGACUGCUGA